AUGGCGACGAUGCUUAUUGACAAAGGCUUAUCAUUUAUUAAAUCAGGUUCACGAGUUUUCGUUCAUGGUUGCAGUGGUACACCUCAAUACCUCAAUCGUCUACUGGCCAAGCGUGCUAAUGAACUUCGACGUGUUGAAAUUAUAGGCAGUCUGCCUCUUGAUAAUACAUUUACUGAUCCAAACUUAUCAGAAAGCUUCUUUGUCUAUAGUCUCUUUGCAUCAGCUUUUGUUCGACCGCGUAUUGCUAAUGGUAAAGCAUCAUAUAUUCCAAUAUUUCUCAGUGAAACGCCUCGUCUUUUUGAUGAAAAUAUUCUUCCACUUGAUGCUGUUCUUAUUCAAGUAUCACCACCUGAUAAACAUGGUUAUUGUUCACUUGGUAUUGCGGUUGAAGUAACGAGAGCUGCUGUACGAAAUGCAAAAAAAAUCUUUGCUCAAAUAAAUCGAAAUAUGCCACGAGUACAUGGUGAUACAUUUGUACAUAUGAAUAAAAUUGACGCUUAUGUUGAAUAUGAUGAACCAUUAGUAGAACUAGAUUAUUCAAAAGAAAUUACUGAUAUUGAAAGAACAAUUGGAAAACGAGUAGCUGACUUAAUUGAUGAUAGAAGUACAAGUAAGUAA